AUGACACCUAGCGACUUAGAAACUCAGCAGAUGACUGCUUCUUCAAGUGCAGACCAAACAAUGUCUGCACUCUCUGCCCAGUUACGGCGUUCUCGCCCCGGCCUCGUCCAGACUACCUUUAACUCCAAUUCACAAACCGUUCACGUGCCGGGUUCAGCAAUUAGCGCCUCUUCGGCAGCUUCUAGCUCACAACAAGGAUCGCCAAUAAUGUCACCCGGUACUGCCGUCUUGACGACUAACUCAUCAAUUCAGGCUUCGCCGGAACCCCUUCGACCACGGGAUGAUGAUCAGUUCUCGGCAAGCUUUCAGCUUCCAGAUUCUGUUUUGGCUCGCAAGACAAGCACCAAUUCCCUCGGCAGGAGUUGUGUCAGCAGCACCAGCCCAAUUGCAGAGGCAGUAGUCCCAGAGUUCCGAAGUAAUAGUGUAUCUGCUACUUCCACUGGCACUACACCUACUGCUACAAACAGCAAGGGAAACUUGAUUCGCAGAUUAUCCAGCCGAGCAUCAAGGAGCCUGGCCAGUACCAGAAGAAGGCAGUCUUCUGCAACACCAGCUGGCCGAGAUGGGAGCAUUGGCCCGUGUUUUUUGCGGCGGCGCAGUGACAGUAACAACACUGCUCCAGACUACGUCCCUACACCUUCAACCGACUCGGAAUCUGACCUUGAUGAGAGAGAUGAUCUCUUGUCAAUUAAAUCUUCAUUCCUUGACCACAUUCCCAAAGGAUCUUCUGCAAAUAGCACCACAGGGUCCGUUACAGGCAGUGCUAAUAACAUGGCCGGCCCAGUUAUCCCUUUGCAGUUGCAACGUGGCACAUGGUUGAGGAAAAUCUCAAAGAAAAACCGGUCAAAACGCAUCUGUCUUAUCUAUGAACGAGAAACAAACAAGCUAGUUUGGGAUAAAGCUCGUCCUCAGAAAUUUCUACACGUCGAUGAUAUUAGAGAGAUUCGAUUUGACUCCGACAUCCAGCAAUAUGCCAGAGACUUCAAUAUUCCCGAAUCGGAACGAUUGACCUGGUUUACGAUUCUUUACACUAUGCCUGACAAGUCCAAGUCAAAACUCAUGCAUCUCAUGGCUGACAGCAUUGAAACGACUAACCUCUGGAUCAACUUCCUCGACGCCAUGCUGAGUCACAGACAAGAUGUCAUGACGGCGCUGAUGACCUUCAACGACAAGGCCAUUCAGCAAUACUGGCAAUCUGAGAUGACAAAGAAGUUCGGCGACAAUUUUCGAAGCGAGGACCAGGAAGAACUCGACAUUAACGGUGUAAUGCGAGUAUGUCAGAAUCUGCACAUUUAUAGCUCACAAUCCACUCUUCAAGCCAACUUUAGGCUUGCCGACGCUCGUCACCGCGAAGCCCUUAGAUUCGAAGAAUUCUUGGAUUUUGUUCGGCUUAUGCGUCAGCGACCAGAUGUGCAACGCAUCAUUCGAAGCAUCGCCGCCAAGCCUGACAAGGGCCUGACCUUCGUGGAGUUUCUUUCCUUCUUGAGAGACUACCAAGGCGAGGAUAUUGAAGCCAACAUCACCACGUGGGAAAGGCACUUCAAUAAGUUUGUUCGCAAGCACCGAGCCGAUGAUCUGGGCGGACUGAAGGUUUCACAAGACGACAUGUACAUGUCAGAAGCCGCAUUCGUUGGAUUCCUGUCUUCCCGACACAAUGGUCCCCUAGCAGAGGAGCCUCAAGAAUACACUUUGGAUCGCCCCAUGAACGAGUACUUCAUCUCCAGCUCUCACAAUACCUACCUUCUUGGUCGACAGGUUGCUGGUCAAUCCAGCGUUGAAGGUUACAUCCGCGCACUUGCUCAAGGAUGUAGAUGUGUCGAAGUAGACUGUUGGGACGGAUCUGAUGGUCAGCCCCAAGUAGUCCAUGGACGGACUCUCACUUCAGCCAUCAGCUUCAAGGAGGUCAUGACGACCAUUAACAAAUAUGCAUUUGUAAAGUCCAGCUUCCCUCUUUGGAUCUCUCUCGAAGUUCAUUGCAGCCCCUCUCAACAAGCCUUGAUGGUGGAUAUCAUGAAGGAGGCUUUUGGGGCUAGACUGAUGACAGAGCCACUGGACUCUUCGUCUGACAAGCUCCCCUCUCCAUCCGAGUUGAUGGAGAGGAUUCUCAUCAAGGUCAAGAAGCCACGUGGCGGCAGGGAUGAGAGCCUUCCAGCAGAACCAGUCGGCCGGCGGCGCGGAAGCAGCUUGAGCUCGCCGGUUUCAAAACCAACUGUCCCAGACAGCGGCGCCUUUUCACCUUCACAAUCACUUCCUCAGAGCCCCCUGUUGUCCGCGUCGAACCAAGCCCGACGACUUGUCAGCAAAAGCCGUGUCAACACCAUCGCGGAAGGAGAGGUGCACGAUAUUCCGAGCAGUAGCACAAGCGAUAAUGAGAGUGGAAGCGAAAUCGGAGGCUCCGUCCGACGAUCGCAAAAUAAGACAACACGAUAUCUUGGUGCGCUUGGUGUGUACUGUGCUGGAGUCAAGUUCUUUGGGUUCGAAGAUCCGGCUGCCAAAACCUUCAAUCACAUCUUCUCCUUCAUGGAGACCAGUUUCGCCAAGCACUCACGGACCAAGGAUGCCAAGAUGGCACUUGACAUUCACAACAUGCGAUACCUGAUGCGAGUGUACCCCGACGGACUACGACUGGCGUCGAGCAACUUUGAUCCUCUCAUCUAUUGGCGGCGCGGUGUGCAGAUGGCAGCUCUUAACUGGCAGACUUUCGACUUGGGCAUGCAGCUCAACAACGCUAUGUUCCAAGGCGGCAAGGAUGAGUCUGGAUAUGUCCUGAAGCCUGAUGAGCUCCGUGACAUUCAGAUUCAGCCAUACAACUCCGCGAUUGCCGAAGGCAAGAAGGAGAGGUCCGUAGUGACGUUUGCUAUUGAUGUCAUUUCAGCCCAGCAGCUUAUGAGGCCUGCAAACCUUGCUGCCAACAAGUCCAUGGAUACCUAUGUUGAAGUGGAAGUCUUCCACGCCAACGAUAAGCGAGACAAAAAGGAAGUUGGGUCAGGGUUGACGCACGCCCUUGACUCUCCACUCAAAUUCCAGACGGAUAUUGUGCGUGAGAACGGCUUCAAUCCCAUGUUUGCUGAUGGCCGGUUCAAAUUUAUUGUGACAACCAAGCACCCAGAGCUGAUCUUUGUACGCUGGUCUGUCAAGCUAGCUAGCUAUGGGGAGAGCUACAAUAGCAAAGAAGGCUCGGCCAUUGCCACGUACACAGCAAAACUCAACAACCUCAAGGUGGGAUACCGCACCAUACCGCUUCACAACCACGCAGGUGAUCAAUACUUGUUCUCGACACUAUUUUGCAAGAUAAAUGUUGAACCCAUUCAAACGAAACUCUUCGAUACUGCUGCUCCAGUGCAGGACGGCGGCAAGCUUAACCGCUUCGGAGGCAAGGUGUUUGGCCGGACCAACACGAGUCCUCGCAGCACAUUUGAGAAGAGCAGCGUGGAAAAGAACAGUUUUGAUAGCCUUGUCUAG